CACAUUUAUUUGACUGCGGUUUCAACUAUUUGAAUCCUACUUUGACAAGCAAAUAUUAUGCACAGACGAGAAGGAACACGGCGUUUGUUUGAAGCGAGGUACUUCUAAAAAAAGAAAGAAGCCAAAUGUUGCCUUAACCCAUGUCUGUGUGCAUCCCGCCUCCCUGCGCUCUCAAUAGAUGGUGCAAGUCAAAAUGUCCAAAUCGCCCGUAGACCCUCUGUCUGCCGUGGAAACCGGCUCCCAGUCGCACUAUUUCCAGCUGCCCAGGAAGUUGCCUAAACGCAAGAGCCGCUUUAAACGCUCAGAUGGCAGCACAUCCUCUGACACAACGUCCAGCUUCAUCAAACGACAGGGGUCGGCUGAUUCGUACACCAGUAGACCGUCUGAUUCAGACCUGUCAGCAGAGGAGGACCGCGAGGCGUAUCGGCGUGAAGCCGAGCGCCAGGCACAACAGCAGCUCGACAGAGCUAAGUCCAAACCUGUAGCGUUUGCAGUAAAGACGAAUGUGAGUUACUGUGGAGCUCUGGAUGAGGACUGUCCUGUCCAAGGAGCUGCAGUCAACUUUGAUGCCAAAGACUUCUUGCACAUCAAAGAAAAGUACAAUAAUGACUGGUGGAUCGGCCGGCUAGUAAAAGAGGGAGCAGACAUCACUUUUAUCCCCAGCCCUCUACGACUGGAGGCAAUGCGACUCAAACAGGAGCAGAAACAAAGGAAAACAGGAGGUAACUCCUCGAGUCUGGGCGACAUGGUGACAGGGAGCUGGAGGACCACACCACCAUCUGCAGGUGAAUCUAAACAGAAGCAAAAACAGGAACAUGUCCCUCCCUAUGAUGUGGUGCCCUCUAUGAGGCCGGUGGUUCUCGUGGGACCGUCACUGAAGGGCUAUGAGGUGACAGAUAUGAUGCAGAAAGCUCUGUUUGACUUUCUGAAACACAGAUUUGAAGGAAGAAUCUCAAUCACCCGCGUAACUGCCGACCUGUCCUUAGCCAAGAGAUCUGUCCUCAACAAAAGGCCCAUAAUGGAGCGAUCCAACACUCGCUCCAGCCUAGCUGAGGUUCAGAGUGAGAUUGAGAGGAUAUUUGAGCUUGCCAAAACACUGCAGCUGGUUGUUCUGGACGCAGACACCAUCAACCAUCCCACACAGCUCGCCAAAACUUCCCUGGCACCCAUCAUUGUCUAUGUUAAAGUUUCCUCACCAAAGGUGCUCCAGAGGCUGAUCAAAUCCAGGGGAAAGUCUCAGAGCAAGCACCUGAAUGUGCAGAUGAUGGCUGCAGACAAACUCUCUCAGUGCCCCCCUGAUAUGUUUGAUGUCAUUUUGGAUGAGAACCAGCUGGAAGAUGCUUGUGAGCAUUUGGCCGAAUACUUGGAGGUCUACUGGCGUGCCACCCACCUCCCAGGAAACACCCCUCUUAAUCCACUAUUGGAGCAGAGCCUGAUGACCCCACCUUCUGCCAUCUCUAGCCUACAGAACAAGAACCAACCGCAGCCUCGCGAAGCAGCAGGCUUGGAGGGUGAUGAGGAAGAGGAGGUCGGCGAGGAAGCCCACUCCCCCCUGGAGCAGGACAGCCUUAUGCCAUCUGAUGAGGCCAGCGACUCCCUGUCUCGUGGCCGGAGGGGGAGCCCCUGCCUCAGGGGGGGCGAAGAGGAUGAAGAGGAGGAAGAGGAAGAAGAAGAGGAGGAGGAGGAGGAGGAUGAAUACGCGUCUCCCUGCCAUGCUCGCACAUACAGGGACAUGUACCCUUCCCACCGCGGGCAUGCACGCGGUGCCCACAGUGCCAAUGGGCACGAGUCACAAGACAGGCUGCUCCAGCGCGAAGCUCAGCAAGGUCACAACCAGAGGAACCGUCAGCGCAGCCGCCCCUGGCCCCGAGACACCUACUGAGACGAGGGGCCCCCUCCCAGCCUCCAGCCCCACCCCGAGCCCUCCGCCUACCGCGUAGUCCCAAAAUAACAACUUAGAGAUGAAAAAAAUGUUCCCAGAUUCACAUCAAACUUUAGUGUCAAUUGGAAAUAAACUCAGACAGAUGCACAGUUUAUCGACCAAUCACAAUCUUCCAGACUCUUGCUCAGAGGGGAUCACCCUUAGAUUGAGUCAUUCAGAUUAACAUCAAGGGGGCUACUCACCUCUGCCACAGAAAGGUUUCAGGCUACCAGCUGUACGCAAACUCAAACUUUAGCUGCUUUGCCUAAGGUUUCUCUAUUGUAGGAUGUCUCGUUUACUGGCCUUAAAAUUCCUAAGACUUUUAA